ACUGAUACUAUAAAUAUAGAAUAGUAGAGUGUAAAUAGUAAACUGUUUAUUAUUAUUUAUUAUUUAAGUUUUUUAUGACAGAAAUAGUGAUCUAUUAACACUGUUGACUGUAUUGUUGCCUUGUUGAAACUCUGUAAUCCUUAAGCCUGAAUUUAGUUUUAACAACUAUAGAUAGCAAAUAAAUUAAAAACUAAAGUCUAUUAAAGACUUAAUUUAUUUGAAAUAUAUAAACUUCAAUGGUUUUUUUUUUUUUUUUUAUUGAUAUUUUUGAAGUAUGAGAUUGUAAAUACUAGAGCAUUACUAUGGAUUCACUAAGUAAUGAUAAAAAUGAAAUUUUAGUGGAGUUCAUUAAUGAUCAAGCAGUUCAAAAUUUAAUAAUAGAUGUAACACAGCAAAAAAAUCAUUCAACCAAAAAACAGAAAUCUAUUGAAGUUACCUCUGGAGUUCCAAUUAAAUGUAAAAAAACAAAUCAAAUAUUAGAUGAGACUUUUUAUGAUGAAGAGUUCAACGAAAAUGAAUCAAGUGUAUCACUUAAACCAAAAGCAUUAUUUGAAGAUGGAGAUGUGCCAGGUGAACGUAUGUUUAGUUUUCAUUCCAAACAAAAUAAAAUGCAAAUAUCUAACAAAAAAAAUACAAUUACGCAACAUGAUAAAACUCACCAAGAUUAUAAUAAAGAUGAUCAAAUAAUGUAUAAUAUUCAUCCUCAAGUUUUCUCUGGUGAUGAAAAUGAAAUUAAAUCAAAAAAUUUUCACAAAAAAUUAACUAGAACAUCUAAAUCUACUACAUCUAAAGUCAAAAAUGAAGUAUCAGACAUUGCCUCUCUAAGAGUAACCGAUGACACUUCAGAUCAUGAAACCCCUAAAAAAUUAAAAAAGUUACAUACUACAAAUAGUUCUGAACAUGUAUCACCAAAAACACCAAGAACUGUUCGAAAACGUAUUGCAAAAGGAAUAGUACAUCAAAAAUUUGAACAACUUAAUGAAUUUAAUGAUUCAGAUUAUAGUAUUAGUGAUGAAACUGACAGUGACUCUAGUAUUUAUAAAAGUCCUAAAACUGUACAGCCAGAAAAUACACAUAUUUCUUUAAGAAGAUCUAUGAGAAAGAAGGAAGUUCCUUUUAUUUAUAAAUCAGAUGAAUAUUUUUUAUCCAAGUCUGCUAAAUCUGUGAAAAAGUCCAAGACAUCAGACAAUACAUUGAAAUUAUUGAAAAACCCUAUUUUAGACAAAGAACAGGUUGAUCAACUAUCAGGAAAUUCUUAUACUAAACAUGAUAAAAAUAUAAAGAAAAUGUACAAAGACAUUAUAUCAAAUUUUCCAUACUGGUUGUAUUUGCUAAGGGAAGGGUUUAAUAUACUUCUUUAUGGGCUUGGUUCCAAAAGACAAAUCAUUAAUGAAUUUAGAACAUCUAUGUUGGCAGAAGAGUCUGUGUUAGUGAUUAAUGGAUUUUUUCCUGGACUUACAAUGAAAGAAAUACUUGAAUCUAUAACUAUUGAUUUAUUAGAAUUAGAUAGUCAUCCAGGAAGUACUGAACUUGCAAUUCAGCAAAUUGAAGAAAAACUAAAAUUAAAAACUUCUGAACAUAUUUUUAUUCUUAUAAACAAUUUGGAUGGAGUUGAAUUGCAAAAUCACAAAGCACAGCAUGUACUUUCAAGGAUUAGUUCACUAAAAAAAGUACAUCUAAUAGCAUCCAUGGAUAAAGUAAAUUCUGCUUUAAUGUUUGAUAAUACAAAACUUGGGGAUUACAAUUUUAUUUGGAUGGACUGUACCAAUUUUCUACCAUUUACAGUUGAAACUAAUUUUAUACAAUCUUUAAUGGUAAAAAACAUUGGAACACAACAUUCAUUUUCAGGCUUGAAUAAUGUUUUUAAAUCGCUCACAUCCAAUGCUAAAAGUAUCUUACUAUUACUAAUUAAAGAUCGUAUUGAAAAUAAAAAUGAUAAAAGAUAUGGAGGAGUUCCAUUUUCAACCUUGUACCAUUGGUGUCGUCAACGGUUUCUAGUGAGUACAGAUCUUGCUUUGAGAAGUCAAUUAACUGAAUUUGUUGAUCAUGAAAUAGUAAAAUGGAAACGUGAUGCUGAUGUACUCUAUGUUCCUGUAGAUGUUGAUGUGCUAGUUCAGUUUUAUAAGCUUAAUGAAGAAGACGAUGAAUAAAACUCAAUGUUUGGUAUAUAUUUUUUUAAAUUCCAAAUAGAAUAAUUUUUAAUAUUUAAAACAAUAUAAUAUACAACAUACAAU